AUGCCCAUCCUCAAAAACCUCCCAGUGCGCCUAAAAGGCGGCGGUCCAACUCUAGAAAACGCUUGGAUCCUGCGCAGGAUGAGCCUCAACAUCACCCCCAACCAUCACCAUCACAACCCCUUCGACAAUGACGACGACAGCAUCCACGGCAACGGCCGCCACGGCGACCACUGGUCGCCCGGCAGCUCGCUGCUGGACGGCGACGUGCAGAGGGAACGCAACCCGUUCGAGGACGAGGAGGACGAGAACGAGGCCAACGAGGGGAAGAAGGGAAGUGGAAGUGGAGGUUCGGUGAAGGGAUCUUUCAAGUUCAUGUCCCCGCUGAAGACUCUGGGAAAGCUGGGCAAGAACCUGAGGUUGUCGGGGAGGAGCAAAGGAAGUGCAACGCCAUCCCCGCAGGGAUCGCUGCAAGGAACGCCCUCACCUGCAGAGAAAAAGAAGAGGGGAAGAAGGAGCUCUGAAGGAAGUCUGUUGAGGUUUGCCGGGAAAUACCGCGACUCCCUCGGCUCCCGUAAGGAGUCUUCCAUCAACGGCGAGCUGAACGGUUCGGAGAGCGAGUGCGACACAACCAGCCGGCGCCUGUCCUUCAUGAAGAUGGUGGGCCUGGGGAAGCUGAAGAGGGAGUCCAUAAACGACCACUCGUCCCAGGGCCCCGAUGAUCAGCUGGUGCAGGAGGAGGCUGUGGAGGAGGUCAAACCCAGAGAGCCACUGUCAGUCCUGGAGAUCCUGCAGCUGGUGAAGAAGCGAGACCUCCUAUUGGCCGACAGCCACAUCCUGGAGCUGGAGCAGGAAUGCAGCGAGUUGUCGGCCGCCGAGCGGGCCGCGGCUCCGCAGCCGGAGGACGCCGCUAGCCCCGGCAUGAAGGACGGCGGGCGCAGGAAGGCGAAGGACGUGGAGCUGCUGUAUGAGGAGCUGCAGAAGGAGCUUUGGGCCGUCGUCAGGGAGUCGCUGCGCUUGCCGACCGCCGGGCCCAACCUCGGACUCGUGGUGCAGGUCCUGCAGCAGGAAGAGCAGGCAGAUAAAGACUGGGCCCUGAGUGCGUCUGCGGCCCCUGGGGGCCCGAGGCCCCGCCGUCUGAAGCAGAGGUGGAGAGAGGCAGUGGAGGAGGCCGCCGACGGCUCUCUCCCUCAGAAGGCCGAGUUCACCGCCGGAGAGCUGGACAAAUACCUGGACCGUCUCCGGGCCCGCGUGGUGGACGACCUGGGGGCCGCCAAGAGGAACGUGGUGUCCAUCUACCCCGAAGACUUCCAGCCCUUCCAGGAGUACGUGCAGAGCUACCACCAGGCGGUUGCUAGGCGACUGGGUGCGAUCACGGACAACCAGCUGGAGAUUACCGACAUCUACUCGCUGCUGGACUGGCUGCACAACAUCUACAACAGGGACGUUCUGGGGACUGUGUGCAUCACGAGUCCCUUCAGCCGAGAUCGUCUGUGUCCUCUGCUCCCUUUAGAGACUGUAGGCCGACUGGAGCUGGACUGUCUCAACUCUGUCAGGACUAAAGUGACCACAGAGCUGAGUCAGGUCUUGGACGAGGAGGAGAAGAGAUGGAUGGAGACGCUGCACAUCGAGGAGUAUCAGAUCACUCUGGCCAAGACCGUCAUACAGAGGCUGCAGGUGGAUCUCGAGCGUUCGGCCUCCAUCAACAGGAGUUUGGGCUCCAGAGUGGCUCAGUGCAGCCUCAACGGCCUGGCAGACUUCCUGUACAGUUUUCAGCGUAAAGUUGAGAUGUUUCAUGAAGGGAUGCAAAACGGCAUGUUCGGGGACAACGAGGACGGAUACGUGUCCAAAACCAUCGCCCUGGUCAAUUGCUGCCCUCCGUUCAGAGGGUUCGUGCAGCGCUGUGCUCAGUGUGAUCCGUCGGUCAGCGAGGACUCUCUGCGUCGGGCCAACAAAGCCCUGGACCACAUUGUUCAGCAGGGAGUCAGAGUGCUGUCUGAACGCCUCUACCUUCACAUCAGGCCAUUCUUUGAGCGUCUGGUGAAGAGGAAGUGGCUGAGCAACACGGAGCCGUACGAGCAGAUCGAAGCUCUCAUCAAAGAAUACUUCAAGAAGUAUCUCAGGAUGGACAGUCCUCCGUACCAGCUGCUGGUGGCGGAGGUCCACCGGCGCGUGGUGAUGGAGUACCUCCGCUCGGUGAUGCGAGGCCGAAUCAUCUGCACCUCCAUGAAGAUGAGGAAGAGGAUGGCGGGCCGGCUCCGAGACGAAGGCAAACAGAUCAAAGUCCUCUUCAAAGACCUGGAGUCUCCGUCCAGCUGGUUGGACAGCGCUCUGUCUCACAUCUCGGAGAUCAUCCAGCUGGAGGACGUCCCGUCCAUCCAGAUGGAGGUCGGGGUUCUGGUCCGAGAGUUUCCUGACGUCAGGAAGAAGCACGUGUCUGCUAUCCUGAACAUCCGGGGGACGACCCGGCAGGCGGAGCGCCAGGAGAUCCUCAACAUCGUCAAAGACAUCGAGAGCAGCGAGGGCUCCUCCUCCGCUGGCGUUGGCGCCUCCUCCGUUGGCGUUGGCUCAGCCCGGCUGACCCGCGACCGCGCCCUCUUCUCCGAGGUUCCCGUAACCUCUGAGGUCCACUGCCUCAACCUGGGUCUGAGCCGCAUCGCCCUCACAGCCUCGUCCUGCUUCACCUCGCUGCGGCCGCGCCCGCGCAAAACCAGGACGCCCGUCCAGGAGAACGCCGACGACGGUCUCUGAACGCACAACACCCUUACCACUCCCAGCACGCCAAAUACUGGCGCCCCCGGUCCCCGUGUCUCUCAGCGUCUAGACAACAUGACAUUUCACUUCCAGGAUUGCUCAUGUGCUGCCUGAUGCAAACCAGGUGUAAACCAGAUCGCGUUCCUUUCGCCUGGAUGUUCGUCCUCUUCAUCGCUCUUUCAUCGCUCUUUCAUCUUUCUUUCAUCGAAAUCAGGCCAGAGGUUUUUCUGUAAUCCUGCUGAGAGAUAACCUGACUCCGCCAGAUGGAUUGCGUCGCAUUUGCUCGGCAUAUCCAUCUGGGAACUUU